CAUGUCCUCAUCUCAUAUACCGGAUGGGGACUGCCUGUUCUGCUGCAUCACCACCAAGGAGAAGGAAACCGAGAUUAUUCUGACCGAUGAUGAACUCGUGUGUUUUCGUGACUCGAAGCCCGGAGCCCGACACCACUUCCUGGUUGUUCCCAGAUCUCACUUGGGGAACUGCUCGUCGCUUCAGAGGGAACACAUACCACUUGUAGAGCAGAUGAAAGAGAUGGGAAGAAAAGUUUUGGAAAACAACAAAAUAAGUGACCUUCAGGAUGUCAGGAUGGGCUUCCAUUUGCCUCCCUUCUCCUCUGUGCCUCACCUCCACCUCCACGUUCUGGCCCCCGCCAGUGAGAUGAACAGCAGGUCCCUGAGUCGCUACGGGCCCCAGUCCUACUGGUUCAUCACGGUGGACAACGUACUUCAUCAACUGAACACUCAAGGAAAAGUCAAAUGAAGAUAUUAACACACUUUUGAGUUAUUAAUCACUAUGUGUGUGACAGUUAAAACAGGGGAUAUAUAUUGAUAUAUAUUAAGUUGAAAAUGUAUGUAACUAUGUAUGUGUAUCUUUGUUAAAUUAAACUGCUCUUCUAAAUGGCUUACCGUCAUAGUGGUCACUUUCCAGCAACUUCUCAACAGGUGUUACUUCCAGCCCCAACAUAUUUGCAAGACUAAACAAACUGGAAAGACCAAAAGAUCUGAAAUAUUAACUUUGAUUAAAUAUUCAUUAUUCGUUGCUAUAUUUUAGAUCAGCCUGUUUAAGUUUGUGUUUUUAUUUAAAUACUGUUUCUGUGUGUCAUGGCUCUUCCGUCUAACUUCUUUGCAAACGCCUUGAGUUCUUCCACAGCUACACCACUUGGUGUCGCUAACUGCCUACAUUUAAUUAGUUCUAUGAAGAAAGAAGAAUUACAAAUUCUUUAUAAAUAUAUUUUUCAGUAAAAAAUAAAACAAGGAAUCAGAAGGGUGGGGGCCAGCAGCCUAAUGAAAUGGAUAACAUGCAUGCACAUUUAAAACAA